GGUUUGUCUCUAGGGUUCUCUUUGGGGGGCAAAGCUAGGGCAGGGCUUAUACGUUUCUCAAAAUUAUAGGGCUUCAGAGUCGCCGUCUCUCGGAAUUCCUAAAAUCUGGUGAACAAUGUCGGAUUUUUUGCCCAGAGAAGUGAUGGGUGAGAUCCUUGCAAGACUACCUGUGAAGACUGUUGUACAGAUCAGGUGCGUUUGCAAAUCAUGGAAUUCUCUAAUCACUAGUGAUAAUUUCAUCACCUUAUAUCUCAAUCGAACUACCCAUUUGAACAACACCAACAACACUCACCUACUUCUCGUUAGGCAAUGCACUAAAAAUCAAGACAAAGAGGAAGAGGAAGAGCAUUACUCGCUACAUUUUGAUAACCAAUCGUUUGAUACAUAUCGUGUGAACCUCGAAAGUCCAACCCCAGUUUUUGAAUCUUAUUUCCGAAUACUUGGUUCUUGUAAUGGUUUGGUAUGCCUCAGUGAUGAUUUAUGCAGUUAUACGGAUCUUACCUUUCUGUGGAACCCCACUAUUAGAAAAUGGUUGGAGCUUCCAGAGCCCCGUGUUACCUUUCAAUCGUAUGGCCCGCAUUGGCUUGCUCUUGGUUUUGGCUUCGAUUGCAGGACUAAUGAUUAUAAGGUAGUUAGAGUUGUCUUCCCCGAAUUCGGGGAAGUCAGCUCUCAUUGUGAGGUUGAGCUGUACUCGCUUAAACAAGGUUCUUGGAGAAGCAUUAGUAGCACUACUCGUCCCCGAUAUCGAAUCAAUUAUACUUCAUCUGCCACACAGGCUUUUUUCAAUGGGGCUGUCCAUUGGAUUGGAGGUGGUUAUCGUGAUUAUCCUCCUUUGAUCUUCUCAUUCGAUAUGAGUACUGAGGAAUUCCACGAGAUGAAGUUGCCAACAAGUCUAGUGUGCGCAGGUGUCCUAGAUUUGAAUAUUGCAGUGAUUAAGGAGUCACUCUCUGUUUUCCAGUAUCAUAGAACAACAACUAGACAAGUGUCAAUAUGGGUGAUGAAAGAAUACCGCGUGUCAGAGUCUUGGGCCCAACUGUUCACUGUAGAUUUGGAUCGAGGUUACGGGAAGAUAAUUGGAUUCAGGAGGAACGGUGAAGUUCUCUUGCCAUCAAAUGGGGAUAUGCUUUCAGUUGACCUACAGGCUCAACAAAGUACUUUUUGUGGAAUCCGUGGUGUUGCGAAAUCAUUUUAUGUUGGUAAUUACACGGAGAGCUUAGUCUUGCUCAACAAAGGAAUUGGAUUGUUUGGGGAUGCAAACACAGUCUCGUGAUGCAGUUACUUCAAAGGAUGGAGGAGUUGCAAGAACCAAGAAAAUUUUGUUAAGUGAUAAACAAUAGGAAGAGCAAGCAAAUACACAACCUUGCAUUAAAAUUCCUCUUUUGAAUGCUAGUUCAAUUACUCUGCUGGAUAGCAUGUAUAUCACAAGUAAGAGUAGUUGUGGAGAUUAAUAGCUGCAGUAUUAAUAUUAAUCCUUUUUGUUAUCACUGCGUGAAACUUUUUUUGUUCACUAUCUGUUUGCAUGUGCUUCAUUUGUCCUAGUUAGCUCUUUUUACUAAUGUUAUUUGUUUUACUUAUCCAAAAAGGAAGGAAAACAUAUGGUUGUGAAUCAUGUUUAGCCUCCUAGCGAAUGAAUUCUAUUAUGGUGAUAACAAGUCUUGUUUUUCUUUA